UUUCCCUAUUCCUGGUCUAGAUGUUCUUGAUCCUGCCACAGUCCAGGGGGCUAGGCUUGAUUGCUUGAGGUGCCUCCUAGCCCCACGAUUCUAGAUUCUAUUCUGUACAAUGACUUGUCCAAGAUCAGCCCGAGGGCGAGUGGCAGAACAAGCAAUGGAACUCCGAUCUCCACAGUCCAAGCCCAUUUUAGGACAAUUGUUAGUUCUGUGGGUUAAUUGUUGUUGUGUCUUGUGUUCCCAGACGGUGGAGAAACUUUUAGAAACGCUAUUACGUGUCCUGGAUGGUAACCAGCAGAGGAUGCAGCAAGUGACAUCUUGGAAAUUCUGUUUGCAUAUCUGCCUCAAACUUCAUCAGACGAUCUGUGUGAAAGCAAAAGAGUUAAAAUAUUACACGUUACCUGCUACUACCGCUGAGAUCAUUUCAAGGAUUGCCAGACUGGAACUGUUGGAUGGUUCAAGAGAUGAAACGACGCAGAAGACUCCAGUGAUAGAAAUGUUCCAGAGAGCUCUGUCAGACACCAGAAGCUGGUUUCGGGGGGUCCUGAAGCAGUAUUUACUGCAGGGACAUACUGAUUCCAUUGUGACAUUCCGUUUUCCUGAUGAACUUAUGGUGUGGAACAAGUUUGUGAGGAUCAGCUUUCCUGAUGAAAGCUUCACUGAGGAGUGGAAGAAAACUUUACUUUCGGACAUGGAAGGGAGGAUUAAACAGGAGAAGCCAGUUCGACAGAUUGCAGCCUACUGCCAUCACCAUGACAAAUUUGAAACCUUAGACCAUUCCAUUGGCAAAUCUUUUGAAAACUGUGCUAUGGAAGCAGUGAAUGCUGCAUGCCAGUCUCAGAAUAAUCUCCUUGAUCUGGUCUCGUCCUACAACCUGGACAAAUUUGGCAAGCUCGUGUCAGCUGUUAUCACAAAAUCUUGGCCAAGCACCAGCUGUGGGGAACCUGUUGAUGACUUUGAUGAGGUGUUACAUCAUCUGCUUGUGUGGUCUGACAUCAAGCAUCUUUUCAACUUCAAUGGAGCAGAUGGGAAGAUCCUGGAACAACUUACUGAUGCAGCUAAGAAGUUAAUGGCUGUGGCUGACUCUGUUUGUGUAAAUGUUGCUGACAAGCUCUUGAGUGGAACUAUCCUAGUGAAACAUUUGGAGCUUAUUAUAAAGCACAAGAAACAAUUUAUUUGCAUAUGGGAAUUACAGCGCAAAUACCUCUCACCCGAAGAGAAAAACUACCAGCAGCAUGAUCUGAAACAAGUGCUAGCAUGGAGAACAGAAGAAAUAAUCUUGCUAAAGAGAGAGAGAAAUUGGGUUGGAACCCUUCUGGAUAUGUGCAGGAAGGUGCAGGCUUUUAUAAAAGUGGACAUUGCUGAAGUUGAGCAGAAGUACCAUGAAAAUUUGGACUCCAAAGAACUGGCCGAGGUUGUGGAUGUGAGACAACUGAACUCACUCAUGGAGGGCACUCUAGAAACAUAUUACAACCUGAGCCCAGAGCUGAAGAAGGUGGCUAAGACAAUGCACACUUUCAAGGACAGUUACAUCUUCCAGCUCUGCUGGGAGAGGGCCACCCAAAUGAUGGUGGAGGAAGACGAGGAGUGGGAAGGACAGAUUAUUCCUAUCUCGGAUCUUGGUGAAUUUUUCUCUCCUUGUUAUCGUGAAUAUAGGAGAUUGUAUAAUGAUCUGAAAUCCGGAACACUCACAUUUGCUGAUGUUGACUCCGUAUUCAGGGAUUUUACAAGCCAGUAUGAGCAGAUUAGAACCGACCUGCAAAUCAUGUGCCAGCUGGACCCAGUAGACAACAAAGAAUGGAUAGGACAACGGCUUCAGCAAAUCCAGCAGUACCACGAACUGCACUUAGCUUUUGACUCUGCUGAGGUCAUUGCCAAGGUCAGAGAGGGCUUAAACCUCUCAGGUGAUUUCAGAAUCCUGGAGGUGUUGUUGAAUUUUACAAACAGUUUUGAAUCCUUUAAGGAAAAAAAUCUGGACUCCAUCAGCCCCGCUCUGAUGCGCGCUAAGGAACGGCUGCAGGGGAUCACAGAGCCCCGUCGUUUGUGCCUCGAGGAACUCGUACUCAGGAGAGACUUUGUCAACUGGGUCAAAGAGGCUCUGGAAGAUAUCAAUGAGCUGAAGGUGUUUGUGGACCUGGCCUCCAUCUCAGCAGGCGAGAAUGACAUGGAUGUGGAUCGCGUGGCCUGUUUCCAUGAUGCUGUGCUUGGCUACUCCUCCCUGCUCUAUGAGCUGAAGCGGGAGUCAGGCUUGGAGGAGUUCAUGCAGUGCCUGAAGAAAUUGUGGAAAGCCCUGGAAAGUGAUACAAAUCUCCCCAAGAAACUGCGUGAUUCGGCGCGACAUUUGGAAUGGCUGAAAACGGUGAAGGAGAGCCAUGGGUCCGUGGAACUGUCCUCUCUAUCGCUAGCAACUGCCAUCAAUAGUAAAGGCAUCUACAUCAUCAGAGCACCGCCAAAAGGCCAGGUUUCUCUGGACACUGUCCUGCUCCUCAGCCUUCCGGAGAGCCACGGGGAUAGUGAAGAGAUGCGACAGUACUCUCUGGAGGAGCUCAGGGAGCUGCUGAACAAGCUGAUGCUGAUGUCCGGAAAGGGAGAUCAGGGCAUGGAGGUGGAGACGUUUUCUGAGGUGUUUUCCAAUGUCCAGAGACUCGCACAGUCCUUUAUAGACCUUUAUUCAGCUGGGAACAUGCUCUUCCGCUCCUGGAUUGCCAAUGUGUACUGCUCACCCAUGAGCGAGGUGUGCAUUAGCAUGGAUUUCCAUUUGAAACUUGUCCGAGAGCUUAGUGGAACGGGGAACACGACGGCGAUUCUCCUGGACCUCUGCAGGAAGAUGGAGACAUUCUUAGAUAAAUGGAAAUGCUUCAUGGCUGAGAAGCGAUCUCAGUACUUUUACCUGAACUACUACACCUCUGAGCAGUUGGUUUACCUCUGCCGAGAACUUGGAACACGGCAGCCCAGCGAGAAUGCCUUAAUGAUGCUCUCGUUCAUAAAACACCACUGCACUAGACAGGAUGUGCAUAAGGUCUCCAAAGACGUGGUGUCUGACCGAUCCAGGAAGAAUAUUUCUGACGUGCCGGAGCUGCUGUGCAGUGACAGAGACCUGACCAUGCAACUGGAGCAGAUCUGGGUUGCUUACCUAGAAUGCAUGAGCUCGUUCCUGCCGGACUGCUGGGAUAUUGAUACGCUCGGCAGUUGUUUGGCCGGUCUGGCGGCUCUGGAGAAGGAACGUGUCUUUCGAGUUCUUCCCCAAGGCCUGCAUAUUGGCAGGCCCAACCUCAUCAUCUGCCCUCGGUCUGACAUGCUGGCUUCAGCCCUGGCCAUCUACAUGCACAGUCCACGCCAAGCCCUGCCCACUUACGAUGAGGUGCUCCUGUGCACCCCCCAGACCAGCUUUGAGCAAGCCGGGCUCUUCCUGCGGCGCUGCCUCACGCUGGGCUGCCCUGGGGAGAAGGUUUACACCAUGCUCUUUGCAGACGAGCUGAGCUACGAUGUCAGUUACGGGCUGGAGAAGCUGUUCCAGAGCCUGUCCCGACAGAGCCACCGGGAGAAGUACCGCUUGGUGAUCCUGUGUGACUGCGAGAGAGAGCACAGCUACCUCCCGUCAGUCUUCAGCCAGUACAAAGUGCACAUGGUCCCCCAGGAGCCCUUGAAGGACGUCCAGACCUACCUGAGGAACCAUUACCGAGUCCCACGGCCCGCAGGGUCCGCAGCGUCCGUGUUCAGUGAGAACAUGUGUGUUGGGAUCGUGGCCUCCAAAAGAGCUGGCGUAGGAAAAUCCCUCUAUGUGAAGAGACUACAUGAAAAACUGAAGACAAAACUACCUGAUGUGAGAGAGCUUCCAAACACCAUCCGGCUAAUUGAACCCCACAUAGAUGAGGACAAAGUGCUGAAAUCUCUCCUGCCUUUCCUGCGCUGGCAGCACCAGCAAAAACCCAUGAUCUUCCAUUUUGACAUCACCUCUUCAGUGAGGGGUGGGAACGCAGCAAUCCACACCUGGUGCGAAGCAGUUAAUGGGUGCGGAGCAGGAAUAGCAGCUAGGAUAAAUGGACACAAGUCAGACAUUUUCACCUGCGGGCACUCACUGAUGGACUUAAAAGUAGCCGUUUACAAAGGAAUUUCACAAGCCAACCACAGAGAGACUGGGGAAUUGGCCCUCAAGAUUGAUUUCUGGCAUGGCAAGUGGAGAGACAGCCUCAGAAAAAUAAUCAAGAGGCAGACUGAAUUUAGGAAGCAGCUGCCCAUUUUUUCCAAUUUGGCGGUCCACCUUUUUUCUAUAUAUUCUUGCUUUUCUGGUUCUUUACUUAAAAUUAAUGAGUCCUUUUUAAAAAUGAUGACAGGAAAAUCCCUCUAUGUGAAGAGACUACAUGAAAAACUGAAGACAAAACUACCUGAUGUGAGAGAGCUUCCAAACACCAUCCGGCUAAUUGAACCCCACAUAGAUGAGGGCAAAGUGCUGAAAUCUCUCCUGCCUUUCCUGCGCUGGCAGCACCAGCAAAAACCCAUGAUCUUCCAUUUUGACAUCACCUCUUCAGUGCAGAGUGGAAUUCCAGAAUUUCUCUUCAAGCUGUUAGUUCUACAGUAUCUGACAGAUACAGAGGGGAACAUGUGGCUACGCCUGCCAUGCCAUUUGUAUAUUGUUGAAAUUCUCGAAGUAUCCCCAGCACCUAAGAAGCCAGGCAGAUUUAUGGCACAUAGACAGAAGUAUAAUUUCCAUGAUGUGUUCCCCAAAAUAACAUGCAAGUCUCCCAAAGAAGUGCUGGAUAUGGAUAUGGAAAGAGAUCCUUCUCUGUGCUACACAGAACCUGGCAUGGAUCAGAAGGAGUUCUGCAGUGAGGCCUUCCAGAGACCUUUCCAGUACUUGAAACGAUUUGACCGUGGGGAUAACCUUGAUAUGUUCUGCUAUGAAAAAGGCUCUGUUGAAGGGACCCCAGUGGAGUGUCUACAGCUGUUCCUGAUACAUUGUGGGGUGAUCGAUCCUACCUGGUCAGAACUGCGAAACUUUGCUUGGUUUCUGAAUGUUCAGCUGAGAGACUGUGAAGCAUCUGUUUUCUGUAACCCUGCCUUUAUCCAGGACACUCUGCAGGGUUUCAAAAAUUUUGUGGUCACCUUUAUGGUUUUAAUGGCCAGGGAUUUUGCAACACCCUCACUAACCAUUUCUGAUCAGAGCCCAGGGCGACAAGUUUUUGACAUGGAAGGAGUCACAGAAGAGGAUCUUAUUCCUUUCCGCAUUCGGAAAAAGUGGGAGUCUGAGCCCCACCCAUACAUUUUUUUUAACGAAGACCGCAUAUCCAUGACGUUCAUUGGCUUCCAUCUGCAGCCCAAUAACAAUGGUGGCAUUGAUGCCAUUAAUCCCACGACUGGCAACAUCAUCAAGAAAAAUGUAAUGACCACACAGCUGUAUCAGGGAUUGGUACUACAGAGAGUUCCCUUCAAUAUUAAUUUUGAUCAGCUGCCCAGAAGUGAGAAGCUAGAGAAACUGUGCAUGGUUUUGGGAAUCCAGUGGCCAAUGGAUCCUGAUGAAACCUAUGAGCUCACCACAGACAAUAUACUCAAGAUUUUUGCUAUUGAGAUGCGAUUCAGAUGUGGCAUCCCGGUUAUUAUCAUGGGGGAAACCGGCUGUGGGAAAACGAGGCUUAUAAAAUUUCUGUGUGAGCUGCGCAGGAGUGGCGUGGAUGCAGAGAACAUGAAACUUGUGAAAGUUCAUGGAGGCACAAGCGCGGAGAUGAUCUAUGCCAAGAUCCGGGAAGCUGAAAACGUUGCCAUCUCCAAUAAACGGCAACAUCAGUUUGACACGAUCCUGUUUUUUGAUGAAGCCAACACGACUCAAGCUGUUGGCAGUAUCAAGGAAAUUUUGUGCGACCGUACAGUUGAAGGGCAGCCUUUGGCCAGCAGCUCAGGUUUGCAGAUCAUAGCAGCAUGCAACCCUUACCGUAAGCACACCGAAAAGAUGAUUCAGCGCUUGGAGUCUGCUGGUCUAGGCUACCGUGUAAAAGCAGAGAAGACCAAAGAUAAGCUUGGCUCUAUUCCACUGCGGCAGCUUGUGUACCGUGUCCAUGCUCUGCCUCCAAGCAUGAUCCCUCUGGUGUGGGAUUUUGGGCAGCUGAACAAUAUCACUGAAAGAAGCUAUAUCCAGCAGAUCGUACAAAGACUUACUGAGUCAGUACAAAUAUCUGCAGCUGAAAUUGAGGUGGUCACAGAUGUGCUUUUUGCCUCUCAGACUUACAUGAGAGGAAGAAAUGAUGAAUGCAGCUUUGUCAGCCUCCGAGAUGUGGAGCGCUGUGUGGAAGUUUUCAAGUGGUUUUAUGGCCACAGUGAGCUUCUGCUAAAUAAUUUAGAGCAGUAUGUGGCAAAGGAGAGGCCUGAUAAAUGUGACACGCAGAGAAACAGAGUCAUCUGGUCCUUAGUACUUGCAGUCGGUGUUUGCUAUCAUGCAUCUCUGGAGAAGAAAGAGUUGUACAGAAGUGUUAUCUGUAAGUGCCUUCCAAAACCUUAUGAUAGCCAGAAAGGGAUUCUGGAAGAAAUCAGCCUAAUGCAGGAUCUGUUCUUGAGUGGUGCACCUCUGAGAAAAACCAUAGCAAGGAACUUAGCCUUGAAGGAAAACGUCUUUAUGAUGGUCAUCUGCAUAGAGCUUAAAAUUCCUCUGUUUCUUGUUGGAAAGCCUGGGAGUUCCAAAUCCCUUGCCAAAACCAUCGUGACUGAUGCCAUGCAAGGGCAGGCUGCUCAUUCUGAUCUUUACAGGGAACUGAAACAGAUCCAUCUGGUGUCCUUCCAGUGCAGUCCCCACUCCACUCCUGAGGGAAUCAUUGGCACCUUCAAGCAGUGUGCUCGUUUCCAGGAUGGAAAGAACUUGAAGGAAUAUGUCUCUGUGGUGGUGCUUGAUGAGAUUGGGCUGGCAGAAGACUCUCCAAAAAUGCCCCUGAAGACCCUGCACCCGCUUUUGGAAGAUGGUUGCAUUGAUGAUGAUCCGCUUCCUCACAAAAAGGUUGGUUUCGUUGGGAUCUCCAACUGGGCCCUAGAUCCCGCCAAGAUGAAUCGAGGUAUCUUUGUAUCACGUGGCGAUCCCAGCAACAAAGAGCUCAUAGAAAGCGCAAAGGGGAUUUGCUGUUCCGACCGCAUCAUCCUGCCAAGAAUUGAACGCUACUUUCCUAUCUUUGCAGAUGCAUAUGAAAAGAUUUGCAAGACCCAAGACAGGGAGUUCUUUGGGUUACGUGACUACUACAGCCUCAUAAAAAUGAUUUUUGCUCUCACUAAGACCUCAAAAAGAGAGCCCACUCCUCGAGACCUAGGACAGGUUGUUCUCCGUAACUUCAGUGGCAAAGAUGACAUAGAUGCCUUGAACGUAUUUAUGUCUAGGAUCCCAAAAGAAGGAGAAAUGCACGCUGAUGAUGUCAGCACCAUUGAUCUGGUCUGGCAGAACAUUUGCAGUGACAGUGAAGAUGGUGAAUGCAGAUACCUGCUGGUAUUAACUGAAAAUUAUGCUGCACUGCAGAUCCUCCAGCAGGCUUAUUUCACCAAAAGACAUCAACCAGAGAUUAUCUUUGGCUCCAGCUUUCCCAAGGACCAAGAAUACACCCAAAUCUGCAGGAACAUCAACCGUGUGAAGAUCUGCAUGGAAAUUGGGCAGAUGGUGGUCCUCCUCAACCUGCAGAAUCUCUAUGAAAGCCUGUAUGAUGCUCUCAACCAAUAUUAUGUCUACCUUGGUGGCCAAAAGUACGUUGAUUUGGGUUUGGGGACCCAUCGCGUGAAAUGCAGAGUGCACCCCAAGUUCCGUUUGAUUGUCAUUGAAGAAAAAGAGGUUGUAUACAAACACUUUCCCAUCCCACUGAUCAACAGGCUUGAGAAGCACUACCUGGAUAUUAAUACCGUCCUGGACAAAAGGCAAAGAGACAUUGUGGAGGAGCUAAAGAAGUGGGUGGAUGACUUCAUAGCAGUAGAUACAGAGAAGUACCUGCGAGGCAGGCAGGAAUAUAGGCCUUCUGAUGUCUUCAUUGGUUACCACUCUGAUACGUGUGCCUCAGUCGUCCUGCAGGUGACUGAGAAGCUGAAGCAGCAGUACCAUCUUGAUGAACUGAUGCCAAAAGUUCAACAAGAAGCCCAACUGGUGCUGCUCAACUGUGCGACGCCAGAUUCGGUAGUUCGUUUGGGCAGUUCGCGGCUGAGUUGUGCAGCGGACCAUCUGGCCAACAAGUACUUCAAAGAGCAGCAGCACACGUCUCUUGGGGAUUUCCUCCAUGCCCAUAUCCAUGCAGAGUCCAGGCAUCGCACAAUCUUCACAGAGAUCACCACAUUCUCCAGGCUUCUGACAGCUACCGACUCUGAGCAUUUGAAGGCAGAAGUGCAGGGGAAGGUUCAGAACCUCUCCAUCCGGUCCUGGUCUCUUCAGCAAUUCGACACGGAACACUCAUUCCUGAAGGAGAUUCGGAAUUUCCUUGAUUCUACAGAUGGACACAAAAUCCUAAUUAUUCAGAUGGACUUUGAAGAGGGUUCUCAAAGCACCCAGCUCGUUGCCUCAGCCAAAUACUCGGCUGUUAAUGAAAUUAACAAGGUGGAGUUGGGAGACAUCUCAGUCUUUGUCUACUUUAUCACUAAGCUGUCCCGGAUCGAAGGUGGAACCUCUUACGUGGGAUUCCAUGGAGGGCUGUGGCAGUCCGUGCACCUCGACGACCUCCGCAGAUCCAAGGACAUGGUCUCUGAUGUAACUGCCUUAAGGAACCUCACUCUCAGCCAACUGUUCUGUGAAGAUGUGGGCAAGCCUGAACCUAUGAUAGUGGAUGGAGAAGAGCAAGAGGAGGAGAUGGAGGUUGAAACAUCAGUGUCUGAAGCAGAGGAACGUGAUACCCAAGUCCUGGACACCACCACUCUAAUGAGGAGCUGCGUGCAGAGUGCGGUGGGAAUGCUACGCGACCAAAAUGAGGGCUUUUGCCGUAGCACAAAGAGAAUUGAGAUUCUUCUUGGCUUUCUGUCUGAUGAAGAUGCUUUGAAAGCCUCCUUCCUGAAGAUCUCAAAGAAUCGUCUCUUCAGCCUUUUGAAGAAACAAGAAGAAAAUUUAAUAAACAAGGAAGACUGGGUGCUGCUGGAGGCUUUGAACCUUAACGCCCUCCAGGAGGCAGGGACUUUCAGACACACCCUCUGGAAGCGAGUCCAGAAUGUGGUGACGCCAUUCCUGGCUCAUAUGGUGUCAAUCGUAGACCGAGACUGCAACCUGGAGUUACUGGUCAGGCCAACCACAGAAAGCUGCGUGAAAAAUCUGUGGAUGUUCAUCUUCAGUGAUUUGAACCUUCUGAGCAUCCCCUACAACGUGGGGACCAGCAGCUCUCAGACUGAGACGAUUCUGGUGCAGAAUGACAUGAAGGUGUCUGUCCACAUGGGCAAUGAAAUGCCCUUCAGCUGGAGGAUCAAGGACUAUCUGGAAGAGCUGUGGUUGCAGGCUCAGUACAUCCCAGGCACCGCAGGCCUUACAGAGAAAUUUGUGGGCAUCUUCCAGAAGAGCCCCCUGGGCGAGUUUAUUUCAAGUCUGGCUGAGCCAGAAAGGAACAUGCUCUUCCACUGCUAUGUCAGAGACUUCGUUCUCCUGAGCAUAGGCGCGUCCUCGACUGACGAGUUACAGUUUCUGCAGAUGGCCCUCUUAUCGUGCAUUGAGGAAUUGAAGGCAGCAUCUAUGGGAGGAGAAGAGAAGAUGCUUUCCCUGCCCUGGGUCCACCUGGGGUACCAUCAGUUUAGGAGCCGGCUGCAGAACUUCUCCAGGAUUCUGGCUGUGAACCCCAGUGUGCUUAUUGCUCUUUUCUACCAAACUGAGAUGGGAAACACGUCACGUCAUGAGAUGGAUCUGGAUGUGUUUGCUGCCAUGGCUUGUGCCGAGAUGCUGGAGGAUCAGGUGUUGAAGUCCAAGCCACAGACUUGGCUACAGCAGGUGAAGACUCUUCAUAUGCCCAUUGAACUUGUCUGUCUGGAGAGCUGUUCAAAGAAUAGCAGAAGUCGGUGCCACCAACUACUCCAGGAAGUCAGGGUUCGGUGGAAUCGGGUCUUCUCUGUGUCCCUCUUUGUGGAACACAUGCUGCUUGGGGCUGAGUCUCUGAUUCCAGAAUUGCGGGACCUGGUAAAGAGACACAUCUCGCUGCUAGGCAAUUGUCUUCAGUGGGACUCUGACAUCAAGACUCAUAAAACUUUCACUGCAGUGAUGAAAGUGCUGUGCCAGUGCAAGGAGGAAGCCAGCGCAACCAUCUGCAAGUAUGGUCUGAAGCCAUGUCCGAUCUGUCUGGAAGACCCUAAGGAUCCAGUCAGCCUGCCUUGUGAUCAUGUCUUCUGUCAGAGUUGCAUCAAACAGUGGCUGAUCCCGGGGCAGAUGUACUGUCCAUACUGCAAAGUUAACCUGCCAGAUGACUACAGAGUAACCAUCUCCCAGGAGCUGAGUGUUGCAAUAAAGAGGAAUGCCCAGUUUCGCCAGAUGUGCAAUAACUUCUUCUUAGAUCUGGUUUCCACCGUGUGUUUCAAAGACAAUGAACCCCCAGAGAAAGCAGUGAUCCAUGAGCUGCUUCGCCUUCUGUUUGUUCGCCGGGAGCCUUUGAGCCUGGGCCCAAAAAAUUUCCACGGUGUGCACACAAAAUUGCUGUCGCCCUUUGACGACGUGGUGGACAAGACUCCUGUCAUCCGCUCAGUGGUGCUGAAGCUGCUUUUGAAAUACAGCUUCAAGGAUGUGAAAGCCUACAUGCAGGAUUACCUGGCACAGGUAGAGCUGUGCCACUUCCUGGACAAAGAUGACAAGACCGAACUUUACACACUCUUUGUCAGUUGUUUGGAGGAUUCGAUGUAUGAAAAGAUUGGAGCCUGCACAGAUAAAGACCAGAUGAACCAUCUGCGGGAAGAUAGACGUUUUCUAGAGAAAUAUCUUGAGAGGAGCAACAGAGAACCCAUUCAGCAGGCCUCUAUUAAGUGCCUGCAGGGAGUGGCCAGGGUCCGGCUAUGCUUGGAUAGGGCUGCAGAGCUGCUCUUUGAAACACACAGACCCAAAGAGCAGUGGAAGACUCUGGAAAAGCAGCAAUACCUUCAGCAAAUGACGCGGUUCUGUAGGCUGACUGGGAAUGACUGGUACCGAGUUUACCUGGUCCGAAAACUGACUAACCAGUAUGGGAUGGAGUUUGCUCAAAAGCUUUCUGAAGAGAGUCAGUUUCAUUGGGUAUUCCCACCAGAAAUCAUUCAACAACAGAGGGACCAACCUAGUCAGAUUGAUCGGUACUUGGCGUGUGGCGAGAGCUACAGAGCGCUGCGUGAUGCCGUGGGAAAAGCAAUGAUUGAGGGCCAAGUGAAGGGCAUCACAGAAGCACAGAAGGCAUGUAAGAGCUCUGAGUCUGCACAAGCCGUUCACCUGCUCUUGGCUAUUUUCAGGGAAGUCACUGCUCUGUAUGGAUGCAGAAACACAAGCUUCCACCCCAAAGAGGAGCAAUGUGAUGCUAUGAACAAGUUCAUCCAAAGCUCCGAAGCCCUCAAUUCUCCAGCCCUGAAGCUGUUCGCAGCAUCUCUUGUGACAAACAGUCUCCCAUCACUGACAGUGAAUUCCCAACACUUCAGCCGUACUGGGGCAUUGAUCGAAAUAGUGGUUCACACUGCGGCUCUCUUACGGUGCGGACAGAACCGAAUCCUCGCACCUCUGAGGAACCUGGCCUUCUCUCCUUCCACCAUGCAGCUUUCUUUUCUGCCCACGAUGCCUGAAGACCUGAUGAUUCAGGCUGUGAAUUGGGAAGGAAUGAAGCAGCUGCACUGGUAUUUGUGUCCAAAUGGCCAUCCCUGCACUAUUGGAGAGUGUGGUCGUCCCAUGCAACAGAGCCGGUGUGUUGAUUGUGGUGCUCUGAUCGGAGGUUUACAACACAUUCCAGUCACUGGCUUUCAGGGAGUCCGGCAGUUCACAGACAGAACUCAAACUGGCCAUGUGCUCGGGGAUCCCAGAAACAGAGAAGCAAUGGUAGUAUCUGAGAGGGAGAUGUCCCCCGUUGUCUUCAUUGUGAUUCGCUUGCUCACGCACUUGGCAAUGCUGCUGGGAGCCACAAAUGAGCCGCAGUCUUUGCCAAGGAUCAUAAAGCCACCAGUGCAGGAGCCAGUAGGGUUUCUCUGGCAGCAUAUUGAGAAGGACCACAGCCUCCUCAAGGAGCCCCACCAGCACCCAAAUCAGUGGCCAGUUCACUUUGAUGACACCCUCUCCACUAAGGAGCACAGAAAUGAAUGGGAAAGAAUUGUUGCAAACACCAUUAUUAUUCCUGAAUUAAAGCAUUUGGACAAAACGCUUGCAACGUUAAACAGACAGAUCUGUGAGGACGAGAGAAUCUGUUCCAACCCAGUGGCGAAAAUAGUAUAUGGUGACCCUGUGACCUUCCUGGCCCAGCUCCCCAAGGACAGCACCAUACAUUGCUCCCGCAUGUGGAGCUGCAGGAAGAGGAUCUCACUUGAGUACCUGGGGCAUAUAGUCCAGCAAAAGGAUGGCAAAGACAUUGUGCCCAUCCUCUGGAAGUUCCUGCAGAAGGAAGCAGAACUGAGGCUGGUUAAGUUUUUACCUGAAAUCCUGGCUCUGCAGAGAGAUCUAGUGAAAAGAUUCCAGAAUAUUACAGAUAUGGAAUGCCGCACCAUCAGGGACUUUGUCUCUAAAUUCAACUCCGAUGAGAUGAGGAAUCUGUGGCAAAUCAGAGUGAACACAUUUCUGUCGGUGUGGAACAAGCUAAGAAGAUCCCUAGAUACCAAUGGUGCAAUUAAGCUUCCCACAGGCUGUUGUGAUGCUGACUUGACCCUAGACGACACCUAUGAGGUCCUCCUGCCACGCAGACGGGGUCUGGGCCUGUGCUCCACAGCCCUGGUCAGCUACCUCAUCAGCCUGCACAAUGACUUUGUCUACACGGUGGAGAAAUACAUAACAGACACCAGCAGGUACACCAUCAGCCCUUCAGAGGUGGCAGAUCUGCAUGUGAUCAGUUAUGAGGUAGAGAGAGACCUGGUCCCUCUGAUCUUGUCCAAUUGCCAGUACAGUGUGGAGAAAGGCAGGGAGACUCUGCAGGAAUUCAACCUGGAAAAGAUCCAGCAACAGGUCACCAGCAGGUUCCUGCAAGGGAAGCCGCUCAUCACCCUAGUGGGAAUACCCACCCUGGUGUACAGACAGGACCGGAAUUACGAGCAUCUGUUUAACGAUGUAAAGAACAAACUCCAUCAGACCUCCCUCCCCAACUCUAUGAUCAACAUGAUCAGUGGAGAGCUGCAGUCCUACCAUGACGUCUGUGAAGCUCUGUCAGUUGCUGAAAUCACGCUGGGAUUCCUGGCCAUGGCUGGAGAGGACCCGGAGAUGCUUCUGACCCAUUAUGUUGAAGUUGUUUUGCAGAUGGAGGAUCAGACAAGCCCUCACGUGCUGAAGACCCUAAGCCGAUGUCACCUAAAGCACAUCAUAGCCUUGUGGCAGCUCCUCUCUACUCACAAGUCUGAGCAACUGCUGCGUCUCAAACGGGAUCCCUUUGUGGAUGUUGAUGCAGCCUAUAAAGCUGAGCUCAGUUCAGAAAACACCAAGCUCCUUAACACCUUCCUUAUUCAGGCCGGGCUGGAGACAUUCCUGCAGGAGCUGCACGAAAUGAUCAUCCUGAAACUGAAACAUGCCAAAGCUGGAGAUGAGUUUAAACCCACAUGGAGCCUGAAGGAAACGCUUUUUUCGUACAUUGAACGUAAAGAGAGCAGCGUACUUACAGAGCAGGAAGAUAUGUUCCCAGAAGAGAUUCUGCUCUCUCACUGUAUUGCUGCCUGGAAAGCUGCUGCUGCCCUCAAAAGAGAUCGUAGAUUAAGUUAAUGCAGUAGAGGAUCCAAGCCACUAGAGGAGCAGCACUGGGUCUAUGUAAGACCUGCUCAUUGCACUGAUCUUCCUCCCUGUAGAAGGUGAAUUCUGGUGCCAUCAGCGCUCCGUGUUAAGAUCUUGAACAUAACCUCUUUCUUGCACUGGACUCAGGACCAGAAUGGGAUGUAAGCUCAUGAAAGGUUUUAUGCAUCAGAAGCAGAAGAAUUUGAGGGAAAUACAGGUAUAAACAAAUAGGAACCAUUUUCUAAGUGGGCAAAGCAGAGAUGCAAAAACUAUUCAUAGGGAGGCGUGAUGAAAAGUCAUGUGUCCUUGAAGGACCAAAAAAGCCAUCAUCUUUCAGUGACCUCGUAAGGGGCAGCUGAAAGUAUCCCAUGAGCUCCUUGAACAGCCACAUACAUCCAUGCUCUAUUUCUCCACAUUUUCUGUAGGCACUAUUCCCAUUCAUAAGCUCCUUUCCUGCCAACCUUUUCCUCGGUAGCUGUAUGAAAAACAACCAUAGUCCUCCCUCAUCCAGGUCUCAUAUGCUUUCUUGCUGCAAUACUACCACAACUGCCUCCAUAUGUAUAAAAGGUCGUAUUUGCUCUUAUCUUUAUUCCUGCUCUAGCAUUCCACGAGUCCAUGGGUAUCAGUUGACUUCCUAUUUGCAUAAUAAAUACAAGACAAAAGAGUAAGUUCCAAAGCUCACCACAACAGUUGUUCAUGUAGCUGCCUUAAAAUAAAGCAUUAAAAGGCAACGUGGCCCAAAUCCCACUUAACAAGACAACUUGCCCUUAAUUACUACUCUCACUACUCCCCACCCCUUCCCCAAGAUAACAUACAUGUCUAUCAGAAUGGUGUUGCCAGACUAAUUCUGGCAUGUGUGUGGUAAUGCGCUUGUUGGAGCUAGAGGGAAGAGGCUAUUAAACACAUUUUCUGUUUGUCUUGUUUAGCAUGGACACUCCAUUAGUGAUUUAGUUGUCAGCUGAUACGGAACAAACAUAUUAAUGACGUGUCUGACUUAAUACUUUUCAGUGUUGCCUUUCACUAACAGUAAGCAUCUACAACUGUCAAUGCCACCCUGCUUUCUUGAUAUCACAGCACAGUAAUUUAGUUAGGACCAUGUUUCCAUUUAGAAACUUCCCUUUGGGGUGAAAAGUUUGUACUUUGUAAGGGAUUUCAGCUCAGGAUCAAGUUUCAGAUCAAGUUUAAGGAAAUCCAGAUCUUUUGCUAUGUACUGGAUAAGUAACAGAGGUUUCUUUUUUAGACACAACUUCAAAAUGAGAAUUUUUAACCACACACAUUUGGUAGAUCUGACCCCAUUAAGGUCUGUCUAAUACGUAAUACAGGUCCACCACUUUGGAUUUCCGUAAAAACACUGGAAUACGAAUUCUAAAAGAGGGUUCCCCCCCCUUCACCUUAAUGAGGGAAUUUUACAAACUUUGCCAUUUAUUGAUCUGUUGCAGCACCAAUAUUUAUAAAAUAUUUGGGAUAAUUUGAGCUAUAAGUUAAUCAUGAUGGUUUGCCUAUUGGAAGCUGUAUGGAUUUCAUUUACAUUUGCAAUAUUUCUAUCUCUUUCUGCACAGUUAAUAUUUUCAAGUUGCCUUUUAAAAAGAAAAAAGAUACCUCAGGAACUCAGUUUGGAUGGAGCCCAAACUAACCUCUUAGCAGCAAGCAUUGUGACCUUUUCUAGUCACUGUUUUGUUGCUAUUUGUAGAUUUAAGGUGCCUUAGCAGUAACAAUUUAUUUAGAAAGAAUCAGUCUAGAUGUAAUUAUGCUUCAGUUGCUUUAUAUGAUUUGAUUUUUUUUGUAUUUUUUUAGUCUUAAUAAACUUGAUAAGUUAUAACAGAAGUGUGCACCUCAUUCCGUGCUUUUAUUGUGGAGGAUUUUGAGACUGUCUCUUCAAUAAAUUAAAUAUUUGCUGCUAAAGAUUC